AUGAAGGAACCACAGGACGCUCCCGGAUCGGGCAUCCACUUCCCGCAGGGAGUGUCGGAGAAAGUGUCAGAAGAGGUCCAAAAGAUCGCAGAUAUGUUCCGUGUCGAUGGAGACACUCUUCGACAUAUCACCGACCAUUUUGUGAAGGAGAUGGAGAAGGGACUGGGUAACUCCGAUAGUGACAUUCCAAUGAACGUGACCUGGGUUACCAAAUCCCCGACCGGCCACGAAACAGGCCAGUACCUGACCGUGGACAUGGGCGGAACCAAUCUUCGCGUAUGCAACGUCACUCUGACAGAAGAGAAAGGAGGAUACAAGAUUACACAAAGCAAGUUCAAGUUACCUAGUGGCUUGAAGACAGGUAAUGCGCAGGAGCUAUGGGCGUACAUUGCAGACCGUGUGGCAGACUUUCUGCGCGAGCGUGAAUUGACUCCCCGCCCGGGCGAGAAACUACCACUCGCGUUUACUUUCUCUUACCCGGUGACGCAGAAUAACAUUCGACACGGAGUUUUGCAACGUUGGACAAAGGGAUGGGAUGUAUCAGGGGUAGAGGGUGAGGAUGUUGUUGCACAGUUGGAAGAGGCGUUUGAGGAGAGGAACGUCCCUGUGCACAUCGUCGCCCUAGUGAAUGACACGACUGGAACGCUCAUCGCAUCGGCAUACAAAGACCCCGAGAUCAAGAUUGGUAGCAUCUUCGGCACCGGGUGCAACUCAGCAUACAUGGAAAAGAUCGGGCGCGUACCGAAGAUCGCAGAGCACCGUCUCCCCGCCGACCAAUAUGUUGCAAUCAACACUGAGUAUGGCGCCUUUGAUAACAGCCAUCGCGUUCUUCCGCGAUGCCAAUUCGAUCUCGAGAUUGACCGUGCUUCUCCGCGACCGGAUGUGGCUGGGCUGUACGUGGGAGAGAUAGUACGACUGAUUAUUGUCCAUCUACAUGAGAAAGCUGGCUACCUGGAGAACAUGGACCUCGGUCGUCUGCGACAUAUUCACGCUAUGGAAUCGUCGUGUGUGUCGAGGAUGGAAGAGGAUGGGUCAGCGCAGGAUAGCGCGAUGGCGGAGACACGAAAAUUCCUGAAAGACGAAUUCGGCAUUGAGCCAACAUGCGAAGAACUCCGUGUCUGUUGUCGUCUUGGGGAAAUUGUUUGUACUCGCGCAGCUAGGUUGUAUGCGUGCGGGAUUGCAGCUAUCUGUAAGAAGGAGGGCAUUCGUCAAGGCCGUGUUGGUGUGGAUGGGUCUACUUUUGAGAAGCUUUUCCGGUUCAAGGAGCGGGCGGCAGCUGCUUUACGAGAGAUCCUCGAGUGGCCUGACGGUUCAGAGGACCUGAUCACCUUUGUGCCUGCAGAGGACGGGUCGGGAAUUGGUGCAGCUUUGAUUGCGGCGUUGUCUGGGAGGGAGUGA